AUGUCCGACUCCUCAGCGCCCAGUUCUCCGGGAAUCAUCCAUGAAUUCCCUAGGGACCGGAUUCAAGAACAUAUCAACGGUAGUGCUCGAGCAAACUUGUCGCCCAUGUACAUUCCACCACCAUACCUGCCUGGGGGCAAACGGGCACUGUCAGGGGUUUCGAUUCGUGCCUUUGUGUUAGGCAUUGCGUUGGGCAUUUCUACGGUCCUUACAUGGGAGUUGGCAUAUUGGGGCAAUGGCCUUUGGAGGGCACCAUGCUUCAUUGCAACACUAGCUCUUUUCCACUACCUCGAAUUCGAUAUGACAGCAAGAUAUAAUCCACCGGAUGCCUCGAUCUCGUCCUUCUUGUUGCUGUCGAAUGGCAUUGGCUAUGCCGCUGCCCACGCAUCUGCCAUGCUUGAGUUGCUGAUUCGGUAUUGGCUGUAUUCUGACUACGCGCCCAGAUGGCUGGGGCUGCCAUUUCAUAUCCCCAGGAUCCUUCCAUCGAGUCCUACCUCCAUCUCAGUUGGACUGGGUGCCACUUUGAUCGUCGUGGGACAGCUUGUCAGAAGCGCCGCCAUGCGACAGGCAGAGACCAAUUUCAACCAUGUUGUGCAAUGGACGAAGAAAGCUGACCAUGUCCUCGUGACAGGUGGUGUCUAUGCCUUUUCAAGACACCCAUCCUACUUCGGAUUUUUCUGGUGGGGGCUUGGAACGCAGCUGCUGCUAGGAAAUCGCAUUUGCUUUGUAAUAUAUGCUGUGGUGUUGUGGAAGUUCUUCCACCACCGAAUUAUUCAUGAAGAAAGGCAUCUUGUUUCUUUCUUCGGCGAAGACUACAUUGACUACCGCAAACGUGUUCCGGUCCGCAUCCCCUUCAUUCGAUAA